UGACUGAAGGAGAAGCAGAUUUGGUGGUGGGGGGGAAAGAACUCAGAAGACCUUUGUCAGUAAAGCCAUUUGUUUCUGCAAAAUGAGGUGAGAGCUACGUUUCUCGCUCAUUCUUGGUGUUGGUUUUCAUGGUAUCUCUCCUUUAUUGGUGGGUGGUUAUAAAAGAGGGUACUUGCAAUGAAGUUUGUUCUUCUCAAGGGGUGUUGACUGGUUUCCGGGAUCAACUCUCCAAGUGUGCGGUGAAAAUGGAGAGUAACCAUCCCUAUCAUCAAUUUGAAUGAUAGAUAGCCCUCUUCUUUUUUCCAUUUCUGGGAAAAUGGAAGAGUCACUAUCAGGUCUCUUCAUUUGGGAUCCUUUAAUGAUUGCUGGUGUACUUAAUUUUGGUUUUAAAGAUCUCUAAUUGAGUUCCUGAGCUUAUUCUGUUUCCUGUUUCCCAGCUUCACUUUCAAUUUUGGUUUUCAUGGCUAUGCAUAAUUAACUCAAUAUGUCUCCAAAUUUGUUGCAUCAAGUACUAAAAUUUUGGCUUAUAGAUGCUAUAGUGUUGGCUUGGGUGAAGGGAAUUGUCAAAUAAGGUUUCACAGUUUUUGGGUAGGUUGAAUUCUGAGUUGUUUUUUGAGUAUAAUAGAAUCAGUUCUUCUUUAUAGAUCCUACUUUGUCCAGGUUCAAAAAUCUUCCUUUCUUCUUGUGGCAUCUUGAUUUUUGCUGUUGCCUCCUUGAGUUAUGAUGGAAACCAGGCGUUAUGUAGUUUUUGUGGGCUUUAUCAUUCUGUUUAUCCUCCCAUGUGAAAUCUGUAUGGCUGGCCACCAGAGAAUUGGGACGAUGGCUCCACCGUUUCAAGCAUCCCAAAUGAGUUAUAUCGAUGAUAAUGGGUUCUUUCUCUUAUCAAACAAUUCAAACUUUGCUUUUGGCUUCGUCCCUACUCAAGAUGUCACCAUGUUUCUACUUGUUGUCAUCCACGAAAGUAGUUCACAAGUAAUCUGGACAGGAAACCGAGGCUCCCCAGUUUCAAAUUCUGAUAACUUUGUGUUUGACCUUAAGGGCAAUGCCUACUUACAGAAAGGGGGAAGUGUGGUUUGGGAAACAGAUACUGGUAACAAAGGAUUGUCUGUCAUGGAAUUGCAGGACUCAGGGAAUUUGGUUUUGCGGAGAAAUGAUAGCACUGUGAUUUGGCGGAGUUUUGAUCAUCCUACUGACACCCUUAUAUCGAACCAAGAUUUUGUUGAAGGAAUGAGCCUUGUUAGCAAUCCUAGCUCGAGUAAUUUGAGCAAUAUUCUUGAAAUCAAGUCCGGUGACUUGAUUCUUUCUGCACGUUUCUCUUCUCCACAGCCCUAUUGGUCUAUGGGAAAGGACACUCGAAGAACCAUUAAUGCAAAUGGUGGAGGUGUCACUUCUGCAUCUUUUAGUGCAAAUUCAUGGAGGUUCUAUGAUAAGAACAAAAUCUUGCUAUGGCAGUUUAAAUACUCUGAUGACACCAGUGCAAAUGCUACUUGGAUUGCAGUUAUAGGAAAUGAUGGUUUUAUCACUUUCCACAAUCUCGAUGAUGGAGCAACCCCUUCAGCAACAAAAAUACCGUUUGAUCCGUGUAGUACACCGGAACCUUGUGGUGCAUAUUACAUUUGUUCUGGUGACACCAGAUGCCAGUGCCCUUCUGCUCUUGGCUCAAGUAAUUGCGAAACAGGUGUUUCUUCUCCCUGUGGGCAGCAAAAGGAUUCUGUAACUCUUGUGGAUGCUGGAGACGGGCUCAAUUAUUUUGCGCUUGGCUUUGUUUCACCCUCUUCAAACACUGAUUUGACGGGCUGCAAGGCAUCAUGCCUUGGCAACUGCUCCUGCCUUGCCAUGUUCUUUGACAGCAGUACAGGGAACUGUUUCCUGUUUGAUCAAAUAGGUGGCCUCCAAAGCUCUCCCCAGGGAUCUGGUUUUGCUGCAUAUGUUAAGGUGGUGAAUAAUGGAGGCAAUUCUGCAAACAAUGGAGGUGGUGGAGGAAGCGGGAAAGGUGCUCCAUAUGUUGUGAUUAUAAUAGUUGUUGUUACAAUUCUUGUCAUUUGUGGCCUUCUCUUUGGUGCGUAUAGAUACUACAAGAAAAAGAAAAGAGAACAAGAAUCUCCCAAAGAAUCGUCAGAGGAAGAUGAUUUCCUGGAGACUUUGGCUGGGAUGCCAACCCGUUUCAGUUACAGAGAUCUUCAAACUGCAACAAACAACUUCUCUGUUAGGCUAGGCCGUGGAGGAUUUGGUUCAGUUUACCAGGGAGUUCUUCCAGAUGGAACUCGCGUAGCUGUGAAGAAAUUGGAAGGAAUUGGUCAGGGAAAGAAAGAAUUUCGAGCUGAAGUUAGCAUCAUUGGCAGCAUCCAUCAUCUCCACCUGGUCAGGCUCAAAGGCUUCUGUGCUGAGGGAAGCCACAGACUUCUUGUUUAUGAGUUCAUGGCAAAUGGAUCUUUGGAUAAAUGGAUUUUCAGAAGAAACACAGAAGAUUUCUUGCUGGAUUGGGAAACUAGAUUCAGUAUAGCACUGGGUACAGCAAAAGGGCUAGCCUAUCUCCAUGAAGACUGUGAUGCAAAGAUCAUUCACUGUGACAUUAAGCCAGAAAAUGUGCUUCUAGAUGACCAUUUCCUCGCCAAGGUUUCGGAUUUUGGCUUAGCAAAGCUAAUGACUCGUGAGCAAAGCCACGUUUUCACUACUCUUAGAGGCACCAGAGGCUACCUUGCACCAGAGUGGAUUACAAACUACGCCAUAUCAGAGAAGAGUGAUGUCUACAGCUACGGCAUGCUCCUGCUAGAGAUCAUUGCUGGGAGAAAAAACUACGACCCUGAUGAAAGCUCAGAGAAAUCUCAUUUUCCAUCCUAUGCCUUCAAGAUGAUGGAAGAAGGGAAAAUGAGGGAGAUCCUUGAUUCUAGAUUGACCAUGGCUGAGAACGACGACAGAGUUUCCACAGCUGUAAACGUUGCAUUGUGUUGCAUACAGGAAGACAUGUCUCUGAGACCAUCAAUGACUAAAGUUGUCCAAAUGCUAGAACGUCUCUGCCCCGUUCCAAAGCCCCCAACGUCUUCUCCAUUGGGUUCUCGCCUUUUUCCGAAUUUCUUCAGGUCCACCAGUGAGGAGGGCACCUCCUCAGGACCUUCAGAUUACAACAGUGAUUCCUAUCUCUCAGCUGUAAGGCUUUCGGGUCCAAGAUAACAGUGUUGGGAAAAUUGGUGCACAAAAUUUUCCUGUAAAUUUUGUAACAUUAAUUAUGCCUAUAUAUUAAAAUCUUUGUGUACUUUUUAUUAUUUAAAAAAAUAAUUUAUAGUUU